GUAGCAAUCGUGACACGUUCUCGUGAUUGUCAUAAUUGUUGCAGUGGAACAUAGUCACGUCAGCGAACCAGUUGUUUGAGGUAGCUUAUAAAUAAUUCUGGUAAUGAAACACGUAAGCUCCAACAAUUUAAACAAAAAAAUGUAUAAUAAAAACCGAAAAUCGUUGCUUGGAAGUUACAAAAUAAUUCAGCAUGUCUCUUCAAAAAUAAUUGGUUUAGCGCCGUGGACACUAAAAGUUUCCAGUAUUUUCUCAGAUCGUGAACAAAUUCCCAACAGAAAUAUAACUUAUUCUUCUUCAUUUAUUGGAAUAGUGUACAACAUUAUUCUUUUUUUGGGUAUCGCUUCGUUUGGUAUCUAUAAAAUGAUUGUUAACGCAAUGAACCAACGAUUCAGUAACUCAUUGCUUGCAAUGACAAUUUAUCAAUUAUUGUUCGUGACACUGAUAAAUGCUAGCUUCAUACCGUUGAUUUAUUUCAUUCAGCAAAAGUCCAUGAUGAAAGCGAUUAAUAAUCUAAAAAUUGUGGACUUUCUAUUGAAUCAGUGCAAGGAUUAUACGCUAGAAAGUGAUUACACCAAUGACGUAAUCUAUGCCAUCAAUGUGCUUAUGAAUUUUGGUCUAAUUACUUCGGAUCUAUUCACUAGUUCAGUAAUAAGUGUCUUGUUCGAAAGCAUACCCAGUAUUAUAAGCAGCGGGGUGAUGAUCCAAUACGCAAUUCAGCUAAAUAAAAUGAAUAGAAGAUUCAGCAGCAUCAAUUCAGCGUUUUCAAAGCUGGGAAAUCACAAUUUAAAGUCUGAUAUUAAUUAUGUGCCGUCAGAGACGCAGGUAGUCCAAUCACGCGCACUUAUUCUUGCGAUUGAUAUAACCAAGAAGGCGUACAUCGAACUGUGUGAAAUGUGUGAAAUGAUUACCGACUUUUACGGAAUUCCAAUUUUAAUUGCCAUUUUUUCGUUUUCUGUUAGGGCUUUAUUCACGGUUUACAUUUUGAUUUUGUCAAUUGUAAAAAGUCAAUUUUUUAUCAUCUCAUGGUAUCUAUUGACAAUACGUAUAAUAUUUGCGAUUUUUUUAUUUACGACGCUGACUUGCAGUGUAACCACAAUAGCAAAACAGAAUAAAAGAUUGGCAUUGACCAUUAACCAUCAGACGGAUCUACCUGAAAUCGAUGAGAAAGUUGAGAAAAAUCUAUUAAAAUUCGCAAGUGACCUUCGUCACUUGAAGAUUGAAGUAACUGCUUGCAACAUUAUACCACUUGAUCGUACUCUUCUGUCAAUAGUAACAGGAACUAUUGCAACGUAUCUUGUUAUCGGCGUGCAAUUUGCUUUGAGCUCACGUCCUACCAGAAAUAAUUGAACUUCAACAAUAGUUUUUAGAUGUGUUUUAAUGUGUUAUUUAAAAUUAUAAUUUUCUUCGCUGGAUAACAUUAAACUACAAAUAUUUGUAUUAUUCUCUUUAAGUUGGAUGACAUUUGAAUAGAAACUUAUUGUUUACAGUAAAAAAUUUUGUGUAAAAUCAACACAAUCCUAGUGUUAGAAUCCGUUGACACAAUUUUAAUGACACACAAAAAAUAGUGUUGAAUUUUUAACACAAAUAUUGUGUCAAAAUUAACAUUAAUUUAGUGUCGACUGUAUCUAACACUAAAAUUGUGUUGAUUUUACACAAAAAAAGUGUCAACUCACUUAUUAUUUGAGUUUAUUGAAUAUAAAGGUUAGGGAAUCAAUUAA